GUAAAGAUGUACUCUCUUGGGUAUCUUUUAUAACCUCCUUACUCUGAGCCACGCUCGAUAAAAAUGCAGAAAGAAGUGGCUGAAAGGCAAAUAGCAAAUGUUAAAAUUUUAUAAAAAGGUGACUAUUCUAAAGCAAAGAAGCCCUAUUUGGGUUCAGUGUGGGUUGUUUUGUUUUAAUUUCAGGCUUCCACAAACACUGAGCACAUCAUAACUUUGAGAGGUGUAGGAAGAGUCAUCCAAAUGGGCUUUGCAAAAAUUUAACAUCCAACAGGCAAGCACCUGCUGUGGUGAGGACAAGGUUUAGUUCUAAGAAUUUCAUAAAUAUUUAUUUUCUAUGAAUAUAUGAUUUAAUCUUGCCAGAAUAUUAAUAUUUAUAUUUUUUUCUACUUUCACAGUUGUUUUAGAGUCAGAAGAAGCAGGCACGGCAAGUGUGUCUGCUAAAACACACAGCUAAAUUUAAACUGCACAGUUUUAUUUAAUAUCGCUAAGACAGAAUAUUUUAGCUGUUUCGGCGUGAUGGUAUUUAGAAUAAAAUGUUCUUUCACUUCCUAAAGCUCAAAUACAUGAAAAUCUCAGCAAUUGCUGGGAAAACUAUUUUUAAGAGAAGAGGGGUACUGUGAAGGGGCAGGAUUAAGGGGCUUAUUUAAGGCCCCCACCUCAUAGGAUAGAUGCGGGUUUUGGUCACCUUUUCCAUCUCUUCAGCACAAUGGGGAGUGAUGCCCGAAACACCAGCGUGAGGUGGUGUGGGGCCCCGUGCCGGGGGCGCAGACCGAGCCUGGACCUCCGCACCGGCAUCCGCAUUUUGGGCUUGAUUCACAUUCUGGGGGGGACUGUGGCCGUGGCUCCCUGCCCGGUGAGGCACUGAGCCUGCACGCAGAGCCUCCAGGGGGCUGCCUCCAUCCCCCUUCCCUUGCUAUGGCCGUUAGCAGGAUGCGAAAGCCACAAGGAAAGCGCUUUCAGCCCGGCCCGGCUCGGCAAGCAGGCCGCUAGCAGCCGGCGGGAGCAGAGGCCCCGUCAGGCCCGCGUCGCCAUGGCGACGGCGCGAGGCUGCUGCCAUGGCGGAGAAGGAGGGGAACGGCGAGGACGGUGCAGUAGCUGAAAUUGAGAAAAAGAUUAUAGAAGUUUUUGAGGCAUUUGACAAUGAAGGCAGUAAUUCUGUGGAUGCCAGGGAUAUUGGUGUAAUUGUCAGGACACUAGGUUGCUUCCCGACUGAGGCAGAACUGAAUGAACUGAUUGCAAAGGUAGAAGACGAAGAAGAACCAGGUGGCUACGUUCAUCUGGAAAAGUUUCUUCCUGUGAUGACAAAAGUACUGCUCGACAGAAGCUACCGGCCUAUUCCAGAAGAUGUUCUUCUACAUGCAUUUGAGGUUUUGGAUGAGAAUAAAUGUGGAUAUAUUACUAAAGAGGAUCUGGUCAAAUAUUUGACUGAAGAAGGUGAGCCCUUUACUGAGGAAGAAAUGGAGAACAUGCUCUCUGUUGCUCUAGAUCCAGAGACAAACACUGUUUGCUACAGAAACUACAUUUCAAAGCUGGUAGUAGAUGAAACUUAAGAUCUUGCUGUUUAGUGAUUGGGAUGCCUUUUGGUAACAGCAGUGUACACUGGCAGUUAGUUGAAAGAAGUAUUUCAAAGUGUAACAAAGCUCAAUUUGUAAUUGUGCUUAUAAUUCAAAUAAAAUCUGUGUAGCUAUAUUUCCUUAGGUUCUAUAUACGUGUUGAAAUAUAGUCACACCUGGAAAAAGAGCUCUUGACAGAAAUACUGUGUAAGGUCUGGAAAAGAAAUCAUGGAAUUUGGUUUGAAAAUAACAGGAAAAAUAAUGUUAAUGGAGUCAAGAAAUUACUUUACAAUUGCUUCUGAAAACCUAAUGGAAAAAUGAGACCUUGAAAGUGGGUAAUAAGUAGGUAAGUGAGUACCUUAAGAUGACUAAAAUUGUGAAGGCAUGCUACUAAGAUAAAGCUUUUAUGCUUAUAUGUAAUCCUUGUUGUGCUUAACUAAAAGCACCAGGUAGGCUACUCCUUUUGAAAUAUAAUAGAUCAAAUAAGCUUUCUACAGUUUCUAGGUAUUGUCAAA